AAGAAGAAGAGAGGUUGGUGAGUGGAGAUCAGCAGUCUAUGGAGGAGGGUUGUCCUCUGGAUUCCCAGAAGUCUACACAGGAAGAUCUCCAAUAUACAGAGAAUGGGAGAUCAGGAGAUCAGCAGUCUAUGGAGGAGGGGGAGAAGAUUAUGGAAAGUAAACCGGUGGAAUCUUCUCUACUUCUCAACACAAAUGGACUCUAUCUAUGGAAGUCUACUGAGGGAAAUCUUGUUGUAUCUCAAGGUUAUGUUGCAGAAGAUAAUGGAAUUGUACGAUAUUUUGUAGGAGUAAAUCCCCCUAAUUGUGAGGAACCUCCACAUACAUCCAAUGGUGAUAGUCGGGAUGUCCAUCUAAGACCUUACAGUUUGCCGACACCAACACAUCCAGCAGUGGACCCGUUAUCAUGCUCAGAGUGCGGAAAAUACUUCAUUAUGAAAUCAGGUCUUCUUCGACACCAGAGAAUUCACACGGGGGAGCGCCCUUUUUCAUGUUCAGAGUGCGGAAAAUGUUUUAUUGACAAAAAAGAGCUCCUCAGGCACCAGAUAAUUCAUACAGGGGAGGCGCGUCCUUUUUCAUGUUCAGAGUGCAGAAAAGGUUUCUUUUCGAGAAGUUCGCUGACUAUGCACCAGAGAAUUCACACGAAGGAGCGUCCUCAUUUGUGUCCAGAGUGUGGGAAAGCUUUCAUUACCCAAACUAAUCUUGCUAGACACCAGAAAAGUCACACGGGGGAGCGUCCUUAUUCGUGUUCAGAGUGUGGGAAAGCUUUUAUUCAGAAAAAUAGACUUGUUGCACACCAGAGAGUUCACACGGGGGAGCGUCCUUAUUCGUGUUCAGAGUGUGGGAAAGCUUUCAUUGAGAAAAAUAGACUUGUUGCACACCAGAGAAUUCACACGGGGGAGCGCCCUUAUUCAUGUUCAGAGUGCGGAAAAUGUUUUACUGAGAAAAAAUUGCUCCUCAUGCACCAGAGAAUUCAUACAGGGGAGCGUCCUUUUUCAUGUUCCGAGUGCGGGAAACAUUUCAUUGACAAAUCAGCCCUUCGUAAACACCAGAGAAUUCACAGUAACGAGCGCCCUUUCCUAUGUUCAGAGUGCGGGAAACGUUUCCGUCUCAAGGAAAAACUUACUACGCACCAAAAAAUUCACACCAGGGAGCAUUCUUUUUCAUGUUCAGAGUGCGGGAAAUGUUUCACUGAGGAAAGAGAUCUUAUUACACACCAGAGGAGUCAUAGCACCGAGGGUCAGAUUUCCUUGGUGUGGGCCCCAUCUGACUUUUUUAGUGAAGAACGGAAAGACAUCAAAGUUGAGCGUAAAGUGGAAGAAGAAGAGAGGUUGGUGAGUGGAGAUCAGCAGUCUAUGGAGGAGGGUUGUCCUCUGGAUUCCAAGGAUUCUACACGGGAAGAUCAGAACUAUACAGAGAAUGAUCAGAAUGAAGAACGGAAAGACAUCAAAGCCGAGCAUAAAGAGGAAGAAGAAGAGAGGUUGGUGAGUGGAGAUCAGCAGUCUAUGGAGGAGAGAGGUCCUCUGUAUUCCAAGGAAUUUCCCAAGAAAACCCCCAGUUAUAAAGUGACUGAUCAGGGUAAAGAAGUGAAUGAUAUCAAAGUUGAGGUUAAAAAGGAAGAAGAAGAAGAGAGGUUGGUGAGUGGAGAUCAGCAGUCUAUGGAGGAGGGUUGUCCUCUGGAUUCCCGGAAUUCCACCCAAGAAGAUCACAACUAUAAAGGGAAUGAUCAGGGUGAAGAACGGAAAGACAUCAAAGUUGAGGAUAAAGAGGAAGAAGAAGAGAGGUUGGUGAGUGGAGAUCAGCAGUCUAUGGAGGAGGGUUGUCCUCUGGAUUCCCAGAAGUCUACACAGGAAGAUCUCCAAUAUACAGAGAAUGGGAGAUCAGGAGAUCAGCAGUCUAUGGAGGAGGGGGAGACGAUUAUGAAAAGUAAACCGGUGGAAUCUCCUCUACUUCUCAACCCAACUGGACUCUAUCUAUGGAAGUCUACUGAGGGACAUCUUGUUGUAUCUCCAGGUUAUGUUGCAGAAGAUAAUGGAAUUGUACGAUAUUUUGUAGGAGUAAAUCCCCCUAAUUGUGAGGAACCUCCACAUACAUCCAAUGGUGAUAGUCAGGGUGUCCAUCUAAGACCUCACAGUGUGCCGACAUCAACAGAUCCAGGAGUGGACCCGUUAUCGUGCCCCGAGUGCGGGAAGAUCUUCAUUAUGAAAUCGGAGCUUCUUCGACACCAGAAAAUUCACACAGGGGAGUGCCCUUAUUCAUGUUCAGAGUGCGGAAAAUGUUUUACUGAGAAAAAAACACUCCUCAGGCACCAUAAAAGUCAUACAGGGGAGGCGCGUCCUUUUUCAUGUUCAGAGUGCGGAAAAGGCUUCUUUACGAAAAAUUUGCUGGCUAUGCACCAGAGAAUUCACACGGGGGAGCGUCCUCAUUCGUGUCCAGAGUGUGGGAAAGCUUUUAUUUCCAAAACUUCACUUGCUAGACACCAGAAAAUUCACACGGGGGAGCGUCCUCAUUCGUGUUCAGAGUGUGGGAAAGCUUUCAUUGAGAAAAAUAGACUUGUUGCACACCAGAGAGUUCACACGGGGGAGCGCCCUUAUUCAUGUACAGAGUGCGGAAAAUGUUUUACUGAGAAAAAACUGCUCCUCAGGCACCAGAGAAUUCAUACAGAGGAGCGUCCUUAUUCAUGUUCAGAGUGCGGGAAACAUUUCAAUAACAAAGCAGCCCUUCUUGAACACCAGAGUAUUCACACGGGGGAGCGUCCUCAUUCGUGUCCAGAGUGUGGGAAAGCUUUCAUUAACAAAACUAAACUUGCUAGACACCAGAAAAUUCACACGGGGGAGCGUCCUUAUCCGUGUUCAGAGUGUGGGAAAGCUUUCUUUGAGAAAAAUAGACUUGUUGAACACCAGAGAGUUCACACGGGGGAGCGCCCUUAUUCAUGUUCUGAGUGCGGAAAAUGUUUUACUGAGAAAAAACUGCUCCGCAGGCACCAGAAAAUUCAUACAGGGGAGCGUCCUUAUUCAUGUUCAGAGUGCGGGAAAAAUUUCAUUAACAAAGCAGCCCUUCGUAAACACCAGAGUAUUCACACUGGCGAGCUUCCUUUCCUAUGUUCAGAGUGCGGGAAACGUUUCCGUCUCAAGGACAAACUUGCUGCGCACCAAAAAAUUCACACCAGGGUACAUUCUUUUUAAUGUUCAGAGUGCGGGAAAUGUUUCACUGAGGAAAGAGAUCUUAUUACACACCAGAGGAGUCAUACCACCGAGGGUCAGAUUUCCUCCUAGUGAGAAAAUGUUAUUAUAACCACAUGAAGAUAUACAGUAUCUCACAAAAGUAAGUACACCCCUCACAUUUCUGUAAAUCUUUUCUUCUAUCUUUUCAUGUGAC